CAUUCUAGUGGAUCGAAAAUGGCCGGUUCCCCCGAGAGCCCGCGAGAGCGAGAGAGCAAGAGAAUACCUACGCAAUCGUACCAAUCCCACCGCCCCCCUAAAGGACCUUGAGCCUUGAGCGAGCAGUAGCGAGCCGCGCCGGCCAAUUGACGGGGGAAGAAGAGAAAGGGAUACAGGAGUAGCCGGACGCAUGCGCGAGCUCCACUUGCUGCCGGCACACAUCUGCUCCUCGUCUCCCACUUCUAUUCGCGUGGCGCCCUAUAGUGGCAUCGCGCCCCUUGUCGUCUUCUUCGUCUUCGUCGAGGUCUUCGUCGUCGUCUUCGUCGUCGUCGUCGUCUUCGUCGUCGUCGUCGUCGUCGUCGGCCAGACCAAGAGCGUAGAGCAGAGAAAGAGAGAGAGAGAGAGAGAGAGAGAGAGAGAGAGAGAGAGAAAGACCCGAAACCAAGUCCGCAUUCGAGAGUCCGAGUUCCAAGGAUUGAGUCAGUCGUCAGUCGUGUCGUGAGCCGAGUUCAGUUCGCAUUGUGCAAUUGCGGGAAGAGGGUUCGUCGCGUGUGUCGAUUUUUUUAACCAUACUCUCUCCCUUUUUUCCCCCCCCAGUGAAACAUUUAUAUCGCGCGGUGUGGUUCGUUCCUUGAUACGAAUCACGGCCAACACUCAACAUUCGUGGAAACAUGAAAUUCAAAUAGGAUCUUUGUUCAUUUGCCAGAAUAUCGCGGGAAUCGGAUUCGUUUAUUUUUACAAUUUGAAUUUUACGCCGGUGAUUCUUGCAAAUAAUUCGACGCCCUACGGAGAAUAUCAUUAGCGCGAAAGUUUUAUUCUCCAUUUGAUGCGAAGAGCGAUCGAAUAGUGUCGAGAGAAAAGUGCAUUUUUCUUCUCCCAAGGAUAAACGAAAUAGUGCCUGCGACAAAUAUUAAUAAUGAGUGGGCCAUUGGUUUUGUGCAUCAUUUUGACGCUCGUUGCCAGUAACACGGUACAAGCGAGACUCAAGUGUGACGCUGUCAAACCUUAUUUCGAGUCACAGGGAUUUCCCUCUACGGACAUACCCAAGGAUCCGAUUUCAUCAAGAGAAUUGAAGUCGUGCGGAGGCAUAAGCAGCGGUGGUGAAGUUUGCUGCUCAGCCGAUAUGGAGCUCAGGCUGCAAGCAAGGGCGCGUGAUAAACACGAGAGAGCCAUGAGAACGACCCUUCAGAGACUUCAACAAUUACUCGUUGCCAGGGCGACACGAUUUCACACUUUCUUCAAGGAAUUGCUUGCAGCGAGCAAAAAGGGCUUUCACGAAAUGUUCAAGAAAACUUAUGGUAUUCUGUACGAACAAAACGCCUAUGUAUUCACGGAUCUCUUCAAGGAACUCGAGAAUUAUUACGCCAAAGGAAUGGUGAAUCUGGACGAUGCGAUGGACAACUUUUUCAACACUCUUUAUCAGAAGAUGUUUACCGUGCUCAAUAGUCAGUACAAAUUUGACGACAAGUAUCUCAAGUGCGUCGGCAAUCAUAUGAAAGAGAUGAGACCGUUCGGUGAUGUUCCACAAAAGCUUGGAGUACAAAUAAAAAGGUCAUUCGUCGCAACCCGAGCAUUCAGUCAGGCUCUGAGCGUAGCGGGUGAUGUUCUGAAAAAUAUGCAGACGCUCAAGUCGUCACCGGAGUGUGCCGCGGCAUUGACGAGAAUGACGGCGUGUCCAUCUUGCAGCGGUAUACCCGGUAAUGUGUUGGCGUGCGGUGACAUGUGCGCAAACGUAAUGAAGGGUUGCCUCGCCCAGCACGCGGCCCUCGACACCGAAUGGAAUCACUUUGUCGAGGCAGUUGGCAAAGUUGCCGAGCGAUUAUUGGGACCGUUCAAUAUCGAAAUGCUCGUGAGGCCGAUUAAUUUGAAAAUUUCGGAAGCAAUAAUGAAUUUUCAAGAAAAUAGUCACGAUGUUUCCCAACGUGUUUUCACGGGUUGUGGACGUCCAAUUUUGGGUAGAAGACGGAGACGCCGGAACAAUAGAGAAUCGGAUACGGAUUCGUCGAGUUUCGAUCAAGAUUCGACGGGCGGCGAUGACAGAUCCUCGACCGCCGCGAUGCUCGAUAAAUUGGUCAAAGAAAUUAGACAAAGGGUCAGAGACUCGAGACAAUUUUGGAUAUAUUUGCCGUACCAAUUGUGCAACGAGGGCCUCGUUGUUCCACCGAGCAACACCAACGAGUGUUGGAACGGCACGCACGUUGACAAAUAUCUCUAUCCCGUGACAUCUGACGGUGAGAUGCAGACACUGAAUCCGGAGGUAAGAGGCGGUGGUCCGAGAACCGCGAUAGUUCGAGAUCAAGUUCAAGCUCUCACAACGAUUACAAACAGAUUACGUUCAGCCUUCAACGGGCAAGAUGUUGAUUGGCUCGAUCCUGAGGAGGCAAGCUAUGGAUCAGGAAGUGGUUCGGGCGACAGUAAUGACGAUGAAGAUCCAAUAACCGACGACGAGGAUGGAUUCAGUGAAGAAUCCUCUGGCUACGAGCCGGAUCAGAUUGUGCCCGGUAAACCUAAACUACCAACGAUUCCGAUCGAUCCGGCGUCACCGCCUAGAGUUGAAAUUGAAUCAAAAGCCCCGACGAGCAACGAUAACAACAAGCACAAAAAUAACAACGAUGAUGACGACGACGAUGACGACGAAGACGACGACGACGACGACGACGACGACGACGACGAUGACGAUGACGACGACGACGACGACGACAACAACAACGACAACAACAACAACAACAACAACAACAACAACAACAACAACAACAACAACAACAACAACAACGACAACAAUGAUAACGACAAUCACAACAGUAUCAAAAGCAAAAAUGGAACAACGACUAGUAUCGUUGGAAGCGAUGGUGGCGGUGAUGUCGGAGCUGGUGCUGGUACAACUUCGCAUCAUCAAAAAAUGCCAUUGUCACGAGCACUCACGACAUAUUUAUUCCCAAUCGUUGUCAUGUGGUUUGGCGGUUGUCUUACCGAGUGGCUGUGAUCCUUUCAUUUGACGAUACGCUUAAACGUGUAAAUAUUUUUCUAUCAAAGACCACACAUUUCAUAGCCUCUUUUAUUUUUUUCAUCUUCAUCUCUAUACUUGAAUUCUCCUUAAUGAAAAAAAAAAAACAAAAACAAAGAUUUUCAAAAAAAAUUAAAUAUCACAAUGAACCUGACAACUCAUGGAGAAUCGCCGCGAUAUUUUAUACAUUUUCAAUGCAUUUGCGGCAGACGAAUGAAAAAACGAUUAAAUACUCGGGAAAAUUGUGAACGGGGACGGAACGACAUGGCGGGUUUCUCGAAUAAGAGUAAAAAAGUAAAAUAAAGGUGAAAAAAAUUUAUAUCGGAGCUCGGAAUGAUGAGAAAUUUAAAAACAGUGCAUACGUCACUGUAAAUAACAACAAUUAUUAAUAUUAUUCAUUAUAGAAAUCAUAAUGACUAAGCUUAGACACAGUAGGAGUAAUUGAUCGAGUGAAUCCAUGAAAAAUGAUUUGGCCAUGAAAGGGGAGGGCGGCGGAGGAGAGGCCAUAAGAACGGAUGUUGUUAAUACGUAAGACAGAGAGAACUGAGUAUACGAAAGCAUACAGGACUGAAAUAUUUAUUAAUCCUGGUGUAUUUUUACGAUUUUUUCGGCAUUUAUUUAAUUAUUUAAUCAAUUAGAAAUUAUGACAAUUUGUUUUCAUGAAGCUCGCGAGGUGGAUUCAAAUCUGUUAUACAAUCGAGCUUCUUUUCCUGAUGAUUUGGCAAGUUGAGAUUAAAUUAUAAUGUUUCAAGUUGUACAUGAUAUUUAAGGGCCAAGACCCGUAUAUAAUAAAUAAUAUGUACUUGCUUCGAUGAGAAAAGUUUUAAACUCCGUAAAGUGCAUUUUUACGCGCGCAGGUACAAGAUAAGAACUUGAAACAUUCGGGAGGGGAUAUAAAUUUGCAUUUUCAUAAUUGUUUAUAUAAUUUAUUGGUGUUUCAAUGAUUGAAACGGUUGAGAAAACAAACCCAAAUCACAAACUUCUGAAUUGUUAGUGAAUCUUUGAAAAUAUUCCUAAACCCAUCUCAGGAAAACAUAAAAUUAAGACAAAAUACGUCGCAUGUAAUAUGCCCAAAUUGUCAUGUGCCCUGUCUCUUAGUCAAAUCCUAGGGAGAAUGUGAGCUUUCCGGCAAACGACACCGCGCUUUGUACAACAAGUGUCUUUCAGCUAGAGCAAAAUAACACACUCAUCAUACAUACGACGCGGUUUUACACUGUGCGUUGAUUCCUGGAAAGCUUCUAAUGUGACGAGAGAAUGAACAUUAUGCAACUCGAGCUGAAACCAAUCGAUUGAAAACAAAAUUCGUUUAUAAUACUUUUUGUAAAAUUGUACAUAAUCUUGUUCGGAGGUGGAGUAAAUCAAGAGAGAGAUAUAUUAUAAAUUGGACGUUCGUUUCGUUCGCCAAAUUGAAUUGCAGUGGAAGAAAAAAAAGGUCGAUCGAGGUAAUUUUGCUGAUCGAUGCGCACUGUAUAUCCGUUCGUUAAUGAUAAGUGCUCUCGAAAAUGAUUUCUCCAUUCGUCGACGUGUCGCGUACGUAAAUAUAUAAGUUUGGUACAAGGUUUCUUAUACUUGUGAGCGAGAAUGUAGAAAAGGCUACUACGAAGGAAAGAGAAAAAAAAAUUAGUGGGAGUCUAAAAAGUGCCCGAGUGUGGUAUCACGGGUGGAAUAAAAAUAGCCAGGCUACUGUGAUAAUAUCAAAUUCAGUCGUAAUUUGAUGGAAGCGGCUUCCUUUUUUUUCUCUUUUUUUUUUUUCUAAUAAACACAUUGUGCAUUUAUUCUCCACAUCGCCUGGACCGUUCCACAACUUUAUUUAUAUACAUGUGUGUGCUGGUGCGUGUACGGGUGGGUGUGCGUGUGUGUGUGUGUGUGUGCGCGCGCGCGUGCCUAAGCAUAUAAGUGAAAUCCUGAACAAACACGUUUUUAAGUUCAACAAAUCGAAAUCUUUACUGCAUUCAAUGGAACCUAAUAGUUUAGUUAUCGAGACCACGUCGUUUUACACUUGUUUUUUAUAUUCAUUAAUUGCGAAAAAUAUUUCAGACAAAACUGUCUGAAUUUUUAAUUUGACGAUAAGACAAGCGAAAUUUUAAAAAACCUCUCAAUCCCGAAAUGUUUGAAUUACUCUCAUUUUUUCCUUCUUCAGAAAUGAUUGUAGCGCGAUGCUAAUUUUUCAUGUAAUGUUUCUCUUAUUACCAAAAUUUUUUUUUCUUCUGACGCGCAUGAGGUGUCUUGUCACUCUUCCCAUACCUUAACGCGCGUGUUGUUGUCCAUGAUGUGUUCGUGACGCCUCCGUCACAGAAUAUGGAAUCCCGGUCCGUCGUGAGUUUCGUUAGUGACGGGGGUAGUUGAUCGAACACAUCUUGGAUCUCGAUACGACGUGUGAAUUUCAGAAAUAAUAAAUUAUACGAAAGAGACGUUUUACAAAUCUAGUGAAAUAUUCAAACCAAUACUAUAAAUAGCUAAAUAUUCGUAGCUAUAUUAUUAUUAUUAUUAUUAUUAUUAUUAUUAUUAUUAUUAUUAUUAUUAUUAUUAUUAUUAUUAUUGCUAUUAUUAUCGUAUAUUCAUGCAUGCAUAUUAUAUAUCCAUUUUAUAUACAAACGUAUGUAUGCAAGAGAAUAUAUGCAAAUGCGCGAGUGUGUGUGCGCAUGAAGAAGAGGAGAGAUAAUGGGAAAAAAUGAAAAUUGUAUACAUCGCUAACGACACAUAGGGGGGCGAUGAUGUAGUUGAGUGUCUUUGGAGUAUUCGAAUCUGGGAAGAAAUCGUUUAUUCGCUACACGGCAAUAAUUCAGACAAAAGAUUCUUAAAAAAAAAAAAAAAAUAUCACGUGCAAGACCGUACCUACACGCUGAUAUUUUCUAUGCAAUAUAGAAAAUCCGUUUUUUGUCUUGAAAGUUAAACUCGAUCAACCAAGAGGUUGUAUAAUACUUUAACCUCGAAAAUUAUUUAUGUAGAAUUGAAAUAAAGAAUAAAUUCGACGUGAGGGAUAUUCCAAAUUACGCGAUAGCCAGCAUCGAAAGCUCAUCAAUUGUUUCAAAGACACUCAAGGUUCGGAAAUACUAAUGACCCGGAAAAGCUAAUGAGAAAAAUUUAAAGAAAAAAAAAUUACACUUUUCCAUGGCUCAUUUGACAGCAGAAAUCGAAACAAUCGUUGCUUCCGUUUCUUAAAAGAGGCUGAUAUUAUAUAAAAUCUAUUGACGGUACACAAUUAUUCAAUAUUUACAGAAAGGGCGUGAAAGUUUUUCGGUGAAAAAGAAAAAAAAUAAAUUUUGAACGCUAGAGAUGCCAUUUCACUCCUUUAGAGAGGCCCUGUCGAUGCUACGGGAUAACCAUCGUAUAGAAGAGAAAGAGCAAACCGAACAACGUUAAUACUCAUUAUUAUUUUUUCUUGUUGUUUCGAAUUUCAUUUUUUUACAUUGGAAUUUAAGAAAUAUACAAUGUGAUCUUUUUUAUCAAAUAAUUUUCUUUUAGCAUAAAUUUUUAUAAAGAAGCCUGCAUUCUUCCUAUGUUGUGGAACUACUCAUUAAAACAUCAAUCGAUCAUUUCAAGUCGGGAUAAUUUAGUUUCAUUUUUUUCUUCUCCAAAAUAUAGUCGAAUGUUUUAUAUAAUUACACCGAUACUUACCAGCUCGUAUAUGAGGGGUGAAAAAAAUAUAUAUAUUCAUCUCACGAAAACGUCUUUUUAUCCCAGAUUAUAGACAAAGCUUAUUCAAGUGAUCCUUAUAUAAGUAAAAAGCAAAUCACCGUUUACUUGAAACUCCAUCAUAUUUUAAGACAAACGAAUGGGCAUCUUCUCCAAUCGAAAAAGAACACGAGUAACUUAAAAAUUUCGUGGGAUAUGAAAAAUCUUUAUCCGACUAAAAGGUGCCCGCCUCGAUUUUUCAGACGACUGUAGGAUAAUGAUAGAUCACCCGAGAGGAAUCAUGCAAAAUAAAGUAGAUACAUGGUGUGCUCAAGCAAAGACGGAUUAUUGUUUAUUUCAGUGUGCGACUUACGUUGGAAACGUAAUCGAUUAUAUGGGCUUCGAAGCUUGAUGAACUGUCGAAAUUGAAGAAAGAAUGAAGGUGAUAUUUUUUUAAACUCCAUUUAGAUAACACGAUAGAGAGAGAGAGAGAGAGAGAGAGAGAGAGAGAGAGAGAGAGAGAUGAAAUUGCGCGUGCUGUGCAGUGUAUUUAGUCUACGAUGCCAUAUUCUUUUGAUCGAUUCCUCCAAUCGAUUAUACGAUUCGAGAAGUUAAAAUAUAUAUAUAUACAAAAGCCUUUGAUCCAUACAUACACGCGCGCGCACGCACAUGUAUACUUGCAAGUUUCAAGUAUUUUAUUUGUUAAUAAUAUUAUGUGUAUGAUUGUUGGGAUUUGAAAGUGCAAAAUUUUUUUUGUUAGAAGUAAAGUUACAAAAAUAUUGUAUAAAACACUCUCAGGGUGUUUAGUGUCUCGACGCUGAUGGAUUAGAGAAUGCGAUAACCUUAUAGACAUAGGUCGACACGAUCGUGUAUGAAUGCGUGCGCGCUAGAAACGAGGGUGAUUGGUCAAUCGUAAUUUACGGGACCCAAUUUGUACGAUUUUCGAUGUUAUUCGUUUGCGCGACUAUAGUGAAUCAAGUUUCAAAUGUCGUACGAGAAGAUUUUUAAAAAUAAAAUGAAAAUAAAAAUCCAA